AUGAACAACUCCUUGAGUUUUACGGCACUUGGGGGUCUGCUAGGGUGGUGGAAACCAGAGAAUCGGUCUUCAGUUGGCCAACUCAACGGGAGCCAAGAACUGGGUUGGGCAGAGCUGGAGAAAUUGCUCUUCCUGUUUGAUAAAGACCCCGUCACCAUCAGCCUCACGGUCAUGUACUUGGUGUCUUUCUUGGUGGGCUUCAUUGGCAACGUCAUGUCGCUCCGGAUGCUCACCAGGAAGCGCAGCAGCCGGAUGCCAAAGCUGAGUGCCACCCGGAGCCUUUUGAUCAACUUGGCCAUUUGCGACCUGAUGGUGGUUUGCGUCUGCAUGCCCAUCACAGCGGGCAACUUGAUUUACAAAGCUUGGGUCUACGGGGACUUCUUAUGCCGAGCGGUACCUUUUAUCCAAGCCGUGUCAGUCUCAGCCAGUGUCCUUAGCCUGACGGUGAUCAGCUUGAACCGGUACUACAGUGUGCACAACCCCCUCAAUGCCAGAUCCUUUUUCACUCGUAGGAAGAUCUGGAGUACCAUUCUGGUGGUCUGGGUUUUAUCGUCAGGGAUUUGCACGCCCCUUAUAUUUAUGAACAAAAUGGAUGAGAUUGGAGCGGUACCAGGCCUUCUGCUGGUGUUCCCCAUCUGUAGGGAAAUUUGGCCCCAGGAGAGGGUCAGACAAGCCUACAGCUUCCUCCUCUUCUGCAUUCUCUACUGCCUGCCUGUCUUGUUCAACCUGGUCAUUUGCUGCUUGACUGUCCACAGACUAUGGAGUCCCACCAGACCGCUAAGGGACAGUGGUGCUGUGAAUCACAUCUUGCCAGCGUCCAGGCUGAAGAUCCGCAAGAAGGUGGCCCGGAUGGUGGUGGCGUUGGUCCUGCUCUUUGCCGUCUCUUGGCUGCCCAUUUACAUGGUGGACAUCUGGAUUGAGUUCAACAGUCCCAAGUCCUUAGGGGAUGCCUCGCCAUCUUGGAUCCUGCUGCUCCGGCCUUUCGCGCAGUGGCUCAGCCUUACCAACUCCAGCCUCAACCCGAUCUGCUAUUGCUUCGUGGGCAACCUUUACAGGUCGGCCAAGGAAAUAAAGAGCAGAUACCACCAGAAAAUGGCCUCUCUGCUCAGCUUCUCCUUCUCCGACAAGAGUUUGCCCUCAUCGGUUCCUGAGCUGCUGUCAUACAAGGGCUCCACAGGGUCCUCAACCAAAAACCCUGAGCGUGUCGUGCCAGUUGGGAGGAGGGGCCAGACGCCUCAUAGUCCAAGAACUCGAGUGUAA